UUUGAGAAUUUUGGCCCCGGCGCCUCGCCGUCGCCCUGUGCGGAGGCAUUCACUACUUGAAGUAAUGGCGACUGGGACGCCAGAUUCGCAAGCGCGAUUCGGUCAGUCCGUGAAGGGGCUUCUCACGGAGAAGGUGAACACCUGUGGUACCGACGUGAUCGCGCUCACCAAGCAGGUGCUGAAGGGCUCCCGGAGCUCCGAGCUGCUAGGCCAAGCAGCUCGAAACAUGGUACUGCAGGAAGAUGCCAUCUUGCACUCAGAAGAUAGCUUAAGGAAAAUGGCAAUAAUAACAACACAUCUUCAAUACCAGCAAGAAGCUAUUCAGAAGAAUGUUGAGCAGUCUUCAGAUCUGCAGGCCCAGCUGAACCAUCUGUUGAAAUAGAAUGGCUUACACAAGGACAAAA